AUGGCCCGUCGAAAAGUCCGAAUUACUCCUUCCUCCAAACGGCGUCCUAGUGGACGGAACCCUUACGGUGUUGCAGCACUAGGCAAUGAGCAGACAACCUUGGAUAAAUGGUUAAGCUCAAGCAGCGCAGCACAAUUGCCAUCAUCACUAAUUAACGCACAAGAGAUCAUCCAAGAUGCCCAAGUGAAGGAGGAGAAGGAACAGCAUGCUGCCAUCAUUGCAGCUAUAAAAAAACUCUAUACCUUUCCCCCUUGGAAUGGUCAGCGAGAAGCGCUCCAUCACCUUGUCUUUCUCCGUAAAGAUAUGAUUCUUAUAGCAAAGACAUCAUUUGGAAAGAGCAUGCUCUUACAAGCAGUAUCUCUUCUCCUCGAGAAGGCAAUCACACUCAUUGUGCUUCCAUUGAAUCAGAUUGGUAUUGAGCAAACUGAAUAUAUCAGAAGUCUUGGUGGCAGACCCUGUUUCCUCAAUGCUGAUACCACUUCCGCAGAACUCCUCGAUGAAGUCAAGGUAGCUAAGUAUACCCAUGUUCUGCUUAGUCCAGAGCUUGCAAUUGGGGAUAAAUUUCGCGCUGUCGCCUGCCAUCCACAGUUCCGUGAACGUCUCCGUCUUGUUGCAGUUGAUGAGGCACAUUUGGUUGCGCAUUGGGGCCGCGCUUUCCGGACAGACUAUGCCCGAAUGCAGCAGUUGCGCGCAUUAUUAGGAAAGAACGUUCCUUGGUUUGCACGCUCAGCAACGUUGGAUCAAGCUACCUUGGAGACUGUGAAGCAAGGAUGUGGGUUCUUACCCGAUGUGAAAGUUCAACGAACCUCUAUUAACCGGUCAGAGUUGGUUCUCCGUUUGGGCAAGAUACCAAAGAAUAAACGCCGAGCUUUUACUGCCCUACGUUUCCUGUUCAAGGAAGGAGGAGGGUUUCGUGCUGCUCGCGAGUCUGCACAUUUAAAUAUCCCCAAGACAGUUGUGUUCUUUGACACUAAGAAGGAAACAUAUUUAGCACUGGAGAAAUGUCGCGAAUGGCUGGAGAAGAGUGAUAAGCACCGAUACACCGCUCGGCAGAUUCAGUGCACGAUCUUGCCAGUGGUAGCAGAGAUAUGUUGA